AUGAUCAACAUUCAACACCCGGCACGUCGUACGCCCGCUUGGAAACCUAAACCGAGUAGUACACGAUCGGUUGCCUACCCGUCAUACAGGAGGCGCCGACGACAGACGACCGAGAGUACUAGGGUACAUCAACGUGUUCCUCUGACAGGAUUCAAUAACGGACUAUCGAAUUUGCCAGAUCAAUCAGUUUCGCCGAUGAAGAAUUUAUCUACAACAAAUAACCUAAAAUGUCUCUGCGAGCUUGCUUAA